AUGGUGCCGCCAAGGCGGCGGCGAGUGGGCCGGCGACAGCGGCUGUUUGCUGAACCGUUGGAGAGCGACCGGUUGGCGCGCGACGCUGGCGACGGCCUCGAGAUUCGCGCCACGCGCCCCAAGGAGGGCAUCAACGCCGAGGCACACGACGCCGCGCUGUCUGUUCUCGCUUGA